AUGAAAUUUCUAUACAUCGACGAGGAGUUAACAAUGGAGGACAGAAACGAAAGAAAAGGAAACAUGCUUAAAAUCGAGAAAAAUAUUCAGUAUUCAAUUGCACCAGUGGUGCCGCACGAGUUGGACCGGGACCGCGGGCGGGGCUUGGUACCGCAUCAGCCGACACACUUUUGGUCCGCCCCUCCCCUUCAACAUAUCAACGAUUUCCGCCUGUGCCCCGGCCGCAACACAGUUAUCUCUCCCGCCAUCAAACCCGGUUUGCUGUCUGUAACCCACUCCGCCGGCCUCUUCCAUCCCCCGACCCCCACUUCCCCGCCGCUCCCCCCUCUCCAUCCUCCGAGCCGCAAGACGCGGUCUUGCCUGCCUUCCAUCUUGCCCUCCCCUUUUGUUGCCUGCACACCCCCAAGACAACAACCACGCUUCUCUACUCGCCCUCCGAAUCUUCCAGCCCUGCUAUCCGCUUUUUCGACCUAUCCUUGCCCCUAUUCCCUGACCGUGUUCAGUAUUACCCUUACGCAUUCACCCUUAGUCUCCAUCAAGGACGGUCAGCUGUUUGCUCGAGCUUCGACAGGCUGCCAAGCUUUCAUUGAGACAAGCAGCGGUUCUGUCGUUAGCUUUCAUUGA